AUGGGCGCCUUCCUGAAAGGCACCAUAGGACAACUCACCGCUGACCGUCACUGGGGCGUGGAUGACUUCGCCCCAAUUCCCCAUAUGGUACCGUCUCUCGAUACCUCUACUGUAGAUCAGCAGUCGGCAGAAUCGUAUGCGUGUGGGUGUCUCCACACCCUGCGCGCAGACAGGUGGAAGAGGGGCAAACCAAUACGGUGGUGCAUCCCCGAAAAUGUGAGCCUUACUGACAUCUGUGGCAGUGAAGAAGGCGCUGCCGAGAAGAAAAACAAAGACAACGCUGAGGCUGACGUGCUGGGGAAGCUCAUUUCAGCUCUUUCCUCGCAUUGGCUAGUUUCCUUCUCCAUCGAAGGUCACAGCGAGGUGACGGCCUUGGAUGUGCAGCAAUGGGCAGCAAGGUUGGGGUCAAGUGCGCCAGCUAUGGCUCCUGCUGCACCGUGGAGCAGCAUUCGUAUAGCGAACCUGAGCGGUUGCUCCCUGGGGGAUGCUGGGGUGCAAGCCCUCCUCUCAACAGUUUUCCCUACCUCCACUGCAGCCUCUGCAUCGUCAGAAAAAGGACCCAGUGAUGCUAUGUCAGCGCCACACCGAGCAGUUCUUCCUCUUCUCGAAUCCUUAAUACUCGACGGUGUAGGUCUGACAGACCGCGGUGCUGUAUGGGUGACGUCUUACUUGAGUGAGGUAGCAUGGUGUAUGGAAGAUGCGCGUCCGGAUAACACACGGGACGACGCGUCCUUCUCUUCUAGCAAGCGCUCUCUUCUGCAUACUCUCUCUCUGCAGCGUAAUACACUAGGGGCCGUCGGGGUGCUGACGCUCCUGCACACCUCCCUCGUGAAUCCAUUCAGCACCGGCGGCCUACGCAGUCACAUCGUAGAGACUGUAGAUCUCUCCUGGAACUCUUUGACAUCUGUGUCGUGCGGCUGUGAUGGAGGGGAGGAGCACAGCUCGGCGGCCCGUCGGAAGCUUCUCAUUGCUCUUGGCGCAGGCAUGGUGCAAUCCAUCUCUGAAAGGCAACGUUUGGCAACAGCAGCAGCAGCAGUACCCCCGUGUUGCGGUGUCCUUCUCUUACAAGGCUGCGGUGUUGAGGAGGCCGAUGUACGUGCUCUGUGCACUGACGGACUCCUCUUUGCUUUUCUCCAGCGUUUUAGGGAAGUAGCGUACAGUGAGAUGCAUGGCCCGUGGGACUCCCCGGCACGGCAGGCUUCGCAGUCGCUUUUUUUCGCACAGCUGACCAAGGUUGACCUUAGCCACAACCCCUACCUUGGUGAUACUGGCGUCCAGCAACUACUGAGAGCCCUUCUGUGUCUGGAGGCAACACGCGAGGUGUCGUGCAACGUGAGACUCCCGAUUGGCUCUGUGCAGCAUAGUUUUUAUGGGGUUGAAGAAGUUCUGCUGCGCGAUGUUGGCUGUACAGAUGCGGUGCUAACGGAUGUGGUGCGACUGCUGAUCUCAAAUAUCGACGGAGUCAUUCCAGGCUCGAUGGAGCACAGAAGCGCAGCACACGAGCUUCUCGACUUGGACACCGUCCCUGAAGAAGAGGUGCGUCAUGCGCUUCUCAACGAGGCGCGCCUCCUGGCAGGUAUUCGUGCAGAGAAGGGCAACCCAAAUACUGAGAGUGCCGAAGACAGCUGUCUCAUGCCGUACACGUACCUGCCAUCUCUGAGGCUGCUGGACCUCUCUGAGAAUUCCUUCAAUUCAGCUGCACUUAUUGGCGCUGUAAUGUCUGGAGCUGCUCUACGAGCAUCAUACGCACCCUCCCGCACGUCCGACUCGGCGGUAGCGGAGCACCGCACGCAGCCCAAGCAUGAGGGCCUCGUGUGGCGUCAUAUGGGCCUGAGUGCUGCUGGUGGAGAGCAUGGCUUCGCCUUAGGUUUGGAGGAGUGUGGGCUCUCAGACACGGUCUUGGCGCAGUUUCCGCUUUCCCUUGAGCUGCUACGAGCGGAGAUGUCAGAGGGCGAGAAGCUACUGCUUUCCCCAGCUAACUGCACUACCCCCGUUCUGCCACGGCAUCCGGUACUUCUUUCGUCGCGCAGGUGCACCUGGUACCUUGGCGGCAACCAUCUCACUCACUCAGCGCUCCUUCGUCUGCGGAAGUUUACAAAAACCAUGACGCUGUGUACCUCCGUGCACAGCCAGCUGUGCUCUCUUGACGCCUAUGUGGAACGGAAUGCAAUACUCCAUCCCGCUACCACUGUGGAGGAGGGGGAGCAAGAGGACCGGACAGCAGCCGCCGUCGCCAGUGAUGCAGUAUUGUGGGCCGGCAUAACCGCUUUGGAAGACAGUGCCUCAAGCAGUGGCAUCACCAAGCAAGCCGCCUCAGCAAGCGACACAACUUUUGCCGGACGCUAUUCAGCUCUUUACGACUUGAAGAGGCUCCGAGUGAGUUGGCAUCAACUUCCAUCCUUGUUCAACCUCGAGGCUGUGGAAGAGACCCGCGAUCCUUCACAGUUUUCCAUUGCGCUGAAGCCGCUCCAGCGGUGUGAGAGGCAAACCAGUGCAACUCCUUUCUGCACCUGUCCGCACCAUUCCGGCCCCAGCAGCACUUCUGGUGUUGGAUCGUCGGCACACUUUGUGGCUGUUGCCCCGCUGGAAACGUGGGGCCGCCACGCGGGUGCACACCUCUUCAGCCGCUCCAGUGGCGAGCCUGGACCUUCUCUCAUCCAAGCGGAUCGAGUCGCUGCUCAGCCAGUGGACAUGAUGCACUUCCACGAUGAAGAUGCUGCGUUGUGGGCACUAUCAUCAACGAUGACGGGAAGCACCAGUGGCUUUAUCGAUGCCUUCAUUGCUGAGGCGGAACAGGUUAUGUGGGAGCGCCGCCAGUGUGUAGAACAGAUGGACCACCAAGUCAUGAGUGCAGAGCUGCUGUCGUAUCUACCCUCUCCAACACCAUCUCACAGUGAUGGCAGCCGUAUGUGA